AAAGAAUCAUUCUCCUUGUCCCCCCUCUGUCAGCAGUGCAUGAAAGCUCCUCAUUGUCUUGGCUCACGCAAAAUUGGCGGAGCCCUGCUUUGAUUAAAUGAAGGGCAAGCCUGCUAAGCCACCAUGGCCUUGCCAGGGAUGGCGAGAGCCAGCCACUGACUGAAUUUUGACCGAGCUUUUUGUCAUUGAACGUCUAUCUUAUCCACAACAAGCCGGGCGUAGUGGAGAAGCAAAACUGAUCAUUUGGAUGAGGAAAGAUGGCGCAGGAAAGUAAAACAAAAGUUGUCAUUAGAAAAUUGCCACCGUAUUUGAAGCAGGAAGGGCUUCUGGAGGCGGUGAACAAGAAUUUUGAAGGAGCUUAUGAUUGGUUCUCUUACUACCCUGGAAAGCUGAGUCACCGGAGGCUGGUGCACUCAAGAGCUUACCUUAACUUCAAGAAAGCGGAGCUCGUAUACGACUUCUACGAGAGUUUUGAUGGCCACAUCUUUGUCAAUGAAAAGGGGGUCCAAUUCAGAGCAGAGGUGGAGUAUGCUCCUUAUCAGAAGGUUCCGAAAGGGCGCAACAAGAAGGACCUGCGGGAAGGCACCAUAUUUGAAGAUCCCGACUAUCUCUCUUUCCUGGCUGAGCUGGAAAAUCCCAAGCCGAGCGCUUCUGCCAGCGAUGCUAAAAGGGAAGAGGCAGAAAAAGCAGCUGCCAAAGGCCCGAUAAUCACGCCGCUCAUCCAGUUCAUCCGGGACAAGAGGGCCAGCAAGGCAGCAGGGAGGGAGAAAGUCGGGCCCCGAAGCACGUCUAGGGACUCGGCACGGAAAGCAGCUUCAGCGGCUCCCUUGGGUUCGGCCUCCAGCAGAAGCGGGAAAGGCGGCUCCAAUGAGAAGGGUAUAUUGGAGCGGAAGGGCACCGGCAAAGAUGAUUCGUCUCGAAAGUCGUCCGCACGUACAUCUAGACGGGACUCUAGCUCGGCUUGUGAAGCGGACAAGACCGACUCAUCCUCCCAAAAUGCUGCCCGUUCCACCCCCCGUGACCCGACUGGCAUCCUGAAACGGCCCCCAACUCCUGAGAGCGAAGCCGGCCCUUCAAGCGACCGGAGAAAAGACGCCUCCGCUCGGGGGGGUCCCGAAAAGCGCAUCGUCAAAGGCGCCCUUGCAUCCAUCAUCGGAGGGGGACUCGGGAGGCCGCCACGUGGCAGCCGGGAUGCUGAUGUCAGAGAUGCCGGAUUCGGGGACGGCACUUCCCGGGGGGGUGGCCGGCAGUCCAGGAGAGAUCAGCGAAGUGCCCCUGCGCCGAGUCCUCUUCCGGCCGAGCCCAGCGGGUGGGGCGACCUCCCCGACGGAGCUUCAACCGCUGCGAACAGUUCCGCGGGUCCUUCUGCGGAUUGGGGGACCGAGAACCCGCUUGCCGCGAACAUGGCAAAGACGGGGACUGAGCCAAGCGCGGGCGGAAGGAAGGAGGGCGCUUCUCGGAGGGGGGGGGUCGCGGGGGCAGGUCGUCGGGGGGAAGGAGCGAGAGCGAGCCACAAGCGACGGGCUGGGAUGACGUCAGCGACGGGCUGCUGA